AUGUCUAACAACCUCCUAUCCCUAAUAGGGUGGUCCUUCCUCCCCAGCCUCGUAACCGGUUGGGCACAUACCAUAUACUACAGCCUCACCAUCCGCGCUGGCCAGCCGAAACCCACUCCCGGCACACCACGCUUCCUCGAGCACCGCCGGCGCAUCCACAUUUUCGUGGUAUCCCUCUACCUUCUCUACACCAUCUACGAAGCCGACUACGAACUGCAACGCUCCUCCUCCUACUACGCCGACCUAGGCGUACCCUUCAGCGCCACCGCGUCCGAAAUCAAGUCCCGCUUCCGACGUCUGGCCGCGCUGCACCACCCCGACAAGGCUGGUUCCGGUAACGGUGUUGACAAUAAUAAUGGCGAUUUCUUCAUGCAUCUCAAAACGGCUUCAGACGUCCUCAUCGACCCAGCCAAACGGUUCGCGUACGAGCGCUUCGGGCCGGACGUGGUGGAUUGGAGGCACUGCGUGACGAUCCGCGACUUCGUGCUGCGCGGGUGGCAGAUCCUCGUGCCGUACUAUGGCAUGGCCGCCGCCGUCAUGUACGUCCUGGGGAUGCUUGGAUACCUCGAGUGGGGGCGGUACUGGCGGUGGCUGACGGUCGCGGCGCUUUGUCUGUUUGAGCUGCACACCGUCACGCGGCCAGGCUUCCCGGAGUUUCUGAGCAAUAUUGUGAAUCCGAUCUUGACUACGUUCACGAAUCAUGCGCCGUACUUGCCGUUUCAGGUCAUUCUGCUAGCGAGGAAGUGCAGCGUAACGCUGUACAUUGCGUUUAGCCAGAUCGGGCCGCUGCUGCAGCCGCUGGGGCAGCUAGGGGCGAAGCCGGGAGAUGCGUCGGAGAAGGCGCUUAGUCAGGGGCUGGAGAGGCUGGAGCAGACGGCAAGGGUCAUGGAUACGGAUGCAAGUCGGCUGAUGGAGCUAGAGAUGGCGCCGUUCGCAGGGGAUCCUGAGGUUUUGUCGACGAUGCGGACGAAGCUCCAGGAGUGGUUGGUCCAGAAUACGAUUCGCUCGGAUCCGAUGGUGCGAGACGCGCUUGGCAGAUCAUUCAAGAAGAGGAGAGUGGAUGCGCCUGCUGGUGCCAAGGGCAACAGAUGA